CCCGACCAUAGACAACGUGUUUUGACAAAGUUUUGACCGAGUUAAAAAUGACGAGCCUCACAUUUAUUUAGAUAAAAAUUAAAAUCUAGUGAUUUUUCUAAUAUGACCGUGUGGCGAAAACUCGACGAUGAGGACUGCUACGCUGUCGCUCUAUACAAUUUCAAUUCCUCCUCACACCUCCACUUGCCGCUGGAAGUGGGAGAGCUCGUGCACCUGGAACGAGAGACCGAUGACUGGUAUUGGGGUACAAGCUUAAGGAGGGAGGCUAAAGGUGCCUUUCCAAAAGCGUACGUCGUUAUACGAAGUUGUAAUGUCGACAGAUGUGGCGAGACAGUGGUCGCGUCCGCGGGCGGUAGCGGUGUGGUACACGACAUAGCCGUCACGCUACGCGAAUGGCUCCAACAUUGGAAACUUUUAUAUACGACAAACGACGACCGCUUCAAGUUCAUGGAAGUGAGCAUGCGUGCGCUGCUGGAGCUGCGCGCGCAGGCCGCGUCGGGCGCGCUGCCGCAGGACCAGCUGCGCCGCGUGGCGCGCACCGCCGUGUUCACCAUCGACAAGGGGAACAGGACUUUAGGUAUGGAGUUAGCGGUGAGAACGAUAAGUGGACAGCUAGUCGAUCCGUUGACGACAUCCACAUUCAAAUUGAACGCGUUGCACGAUGAAGCUAAUUCGAGAAUCGAUAAGAAUAUGGAAACAACCCCCACAAGUCGGCCCACAAGUCAGACGCCCACCGCCCGCACUUACACGAUUGUCGUCUACAUCAAGAAUUUCGUUUGUCGCAUGAACGAUACAGCGGAACUGUCCCUAGCGCUUCACGAUUCCGGUGGAAACAAAAUAACGGAAAACGUCCUGUUGAAAUGGCCACCCGGACACUUGGGAGCUGCCGAGCUGUUUACAGCGCCAUCUGUCGUAUUUACGGAUCUAGGUAGCGAUAUAAAGAAAGAAAAGAUAUUCCUAGUGUGUCAUGUGGUCCGCAUCGGAUCGAUGGAGCCGCAGGUCGCGGAGCACCGUCGCAGCACGCUGGUGCCCACCUCGGGGGCCUGGGUGGGGGGCAUGCGCAGGCCCUUCGGCCUGGCCAGUGCAGAUAUCACGCAACAUCUCGCCGCAGACAACUCUGAUAAAGAGAUCCUGCUGCCGUUCUACCCAUGCGAAAAGGAUAAUAUGGACACGUUGUUGAAGAAAGUGAUAGCGAACCGCGAACUAAAAGACAAACACUCGCAGGGUCUGUGGGUGUUCUUACAAAUGGUGGAAGGAGACUUGAAACAGAUCCGGCAGGAGAACCCGCACAUGAUGGUGGGCAACACGGCGUUCGCGCGCAAGAUGGGCUUCCCCGAGGUGAUCCUGCCGGGCGACGCGCGCAACGACCUGUACGUGACGCUGCUGGGCGGCGCCUUCUCGCGCGGGCCCGGGAAGUCGUCCGAGCGCAACGUGGAGCUCACGGCGCGCGUCGUGGACCGCCGCGGCGCGCCCGUGCCGGGUGUGAUCUCUGUGGGCGCAGGAAUGCCGCUGGUGAACGAGUACACGUCGAUCGUGUACUAUCACGAGGACCGACCGAGAUGGAAUGAAGUUUUCAAGGUUUGCUUAAAUAUCGAAGAAUUUAAAGAGGCGCAUAUAGUAUUUCUCUGCCGACAUCGGAGCUCCAACGAGGCGAAGGACCGCGCUGAAAAAUAUUUUGCAAUGUCCUAUCUCCGGCUCAUGCAGAAAGACGGCACCACUACGCCGGACACGCAACACAAUCUAGCGGUCUAUAAGCUGGAGCACAAGAAGUGCGCGGGCAGCGCGGAGCUGGAGGCGGGCGGCGCGUGCGUGGCGCUGCCGUCGCUGCGGGACGAGCUGCCGGCCGGCGCCGAGCGCGGCGUGGCGCGCGGCCCGCUGGCGCUGCUGCCGCGCGACUCGCUGCAGGUGGCCACCAAGCUGUGCUCCACCAAGCUCACGCAGCGCGAGGAAAUCCUCGGAGUUUUAAAGUGGAGUGCCCACCACGCGGAGGGCACGCUGCGCACGGCACUCACCAAACUGCUGCGAGUACCAAAUGAUGAACUAGUCAAAUUUCUUCAGGACAUAUUAGAUGCCCUAUUUAGUAUAUUGACCCAAGUUGAGGAAAAUACCGAGGAAUACACAGAGCAGAGUUACGCGGUACUUGUGCUGGACUGUCUGCUGCAGGUCAUCUCGCUCGUGGCUGAUCACAAGUACCAGCAUUUCCAGCCCGUUCUGCACGUGUAUAUUGAAAGGAGUUUCUGCGACGCGCUCGCUUACGAAAAACUCAUAUCGAUAAUGGUCUGGACGAUUCGAUCAGCGGAACAAGGAGAGGUUGCAUCGAAACGUUUAUUACAAUGCAUGAAGUGUCUCGAAAGUUUGUCGAGAGUGCUCGUGAGGUCCUGGCAACUCAGGGCCGCCCUAGGAUCUAGAGCCACGGCUGUGUCUAGCGGAGGGGUUAACGGAACCGACGAGCCGACAUAUUGUCCAGAGUUGCAAAGCUUGCUGGAGGCGCUGGUGUGGCUCAUGCGCUGCGGCGACCACGCGCUCACGUGCCAGGGGUCCGCGCUCAAGUACCUGCCGCACGCCGCGCCGCACCUCACACGCGUGUUCCCCGACACGCAGCUCAGCAAGUACACGGUGUGGGCGCUGGAGGCGCUGCCGCUGGGCCGGCUGUCCAACCAGCGCCUGCACGCGCUGCUGGAGCUGGCGCGCGGCCCGCUGGGCGCGGCCCCCGGGCCCCGCGCCUUCCUGCUGCCGCACCUCGCCAACACGCUCGCCGCGCUGCUCGUCGCGCCCAUUGAGCUGGACAACCACAAAUCGCGCUCAGCGGGCAAGGCGGCACGUCUUCUCGGAGCUGACACCGCCAGCCUUCUUGACCACACCCAGCAGAUGCAGAUCGUGGAGCUCUGCGUGGAGACGUUAGGAGAGGUCGUCUCACUGCUGGCGCGGGAUGACGUUGGUCCUGUCGAGGCGGAUAGAGGUGAACUAGCCAGAACGCUACUGCCAACCGUGUUGAGGAUCGCAGCGACGAUGAUGAAAGAGAGAAGCAAGGAAGAAGGAACACCAUCAGAUGAUCCUUUAUUGCGCAAAUUAAUCUGCGUUCUCCUAGACAUGGUCCGUCAGAUGUCCGAAGAACAAUACGAAGUUGUUAUGAAAUCCCUGGAUGCGGAAUCUUCUGGCAAGGCUAAUACACUGGUGUCGGAUGCUUUAGCUUUGAUGAUGGCGUUGCUACAGCGACCGGUGUUCAGACCGCAUUGGGCCGAUAUGUUGCACUUGCAGCAUUACGUCAUGCUACACGCUCUUAGGUUGCUGUCCACGACGCUCCGCGAACAGCUGGUAGCCAUCGACGAUUCGGACCCGGAGGUUGUGUCGACGGUGCACGUGACGCUGCAGGACUGGUUCAAUACGCUGGGAGCCGUGGCCUCGUCUCCGCCCAUACAACUGGAGACGUUGCCCACCUCCAGGCGCCAAAGGGCGACCAUGCUGUACGGGGACAUAAGACGGAAAGCUGCGACUCUCUUAGCCGAUAUGUGGUUCAGUUUGGAGGACCACAAACGUUUGUUCAUACCACACCUCGUCGGCACGUUUUUGGAAGUGAGUUUUCUUCGAGUCGAAGAGGUUCGGAACAUUAUAAUACCGCUGUUCUUCGAUAUGAUGCAGACCGAGUACAAGUACACUUCGGAAACAGAGCCGGGCGGCGUGGGCAACAUGCGCGCCUUCGAGAACGCGCUGAUCGACAAGCUGGACGUGCUGGCGGAGGCGGGGCGCGGCGACGCGGCGUGGCGCGCCAGCUUCGUGUCGCUGUGCGGCGCGCUGGCGGGCGCGGCGCGGCUGCCGGGCGGGCCGGCGCUGGUGGCGGCGGCGGCGCGCCAGCUGGACGCGCUGCUGCAGUACCGCGCCGCGCCCGUCGCGCGCCGCCUCUACCUCGUGUCGGGCGUGCUGCGCUUCUACGAGCAGAUCGAGCGCCCGCACAUGUACAUCCGCUACGUGCACCGGCUGGCCGCGCUGCACCGCGCCGCCGCGCACGCGCCCGAGGCCGGCCUCACGCUGUGCCUGCACGCCAAGCUGCUGGACUGGAGCGACGAGCCGCUGCCGCCGCGCCUGCGCCACCCCACGCAGCACGCCCACGACACGCACUUCCAGCUCAAGUCGGCGCUGUACGCGGAGGCCAUGGCGCUGCUGGAGGCGGGGCGGCAGUGGGAGCUGGCCGUGCGGCUGGCGCUGGAGCUCGUGCGCGUGUGCGACGAGCGCGGCGCGGCGCACGGCGCGCGCGCGGCGCUGCACGAGCUGCUGGCGCGCCUGCACCGCCUGGCGCGGGGGGCGGCGCGCCCGCGCCCCGUGUACUUCCGCGUGCGCUACCUGGGCCGCGGGUUCCCGCCGCACCUGCGACACCCCAAGGGUUUCGUGUACCGCGGCAACGACUGCGACAUGCUGCACAACUUCAAGGAGCGCAUGCUGGACGAGUGGCCCGAGGCGGAGGUGCUGCUCAAACUGGACGAGCCGGGGGAAGACAUCACCGAAUCGGAUGGGCAAUAUUUACAAAUAAACGCGGUAACGCCGAUCAUAGAUGACAUAUGGAAGAACAAAUUCGGUAAAUCGGUCGACGAACAAAUCAUAAGAUACUACGAACACAACAACGUAAAAAAAUUCGUAUUCUCAAGACCUUUCCAUAGACAUGAAGAUUCAAUAACGGACUCGACGGAUGACUUGUCCGGUGCGAACGAGUUUGCGACUCGCUGGUUGGAGAGAACCGAGUUGGAAAUAAGCGACACACUACCCGGCAUCCUCCGCUGGUUCCCCGUAGUGUCGACCCGCACGUACUGGGUGUGUCCGCUGGAGGUGGCAGUGGAGACCAUGGAGCAGACGAACAAGGAGCUGAAGGCGAUCAUCCAGGAGGCCAAGUCGCCAGAGGCGCCGUUACAUCCGCUUACCAUGAGACUGCAAGGCAUCCUGGACUCGGCCGUGCAGGGCGGGCUGGUGCACUACGAGCGCGCGUUCCUGACGGCCGCGUACGAGGCGCGCCGCCCGCAGCACGCCGCGCUGCUGCAGCGCCUGCGCGACCACAUCGCCGACCAGGUGCCGCUGCUCAAGUACGGGCUGGACGUGCACGCGUGUCGCGAGCCCGUGCGCGAGCUGCACGAGCACCUGGCGGCGUGCUUCCGCCGCGUGCAGCACCACGUGCACCAGCGGUACGGGCGACGGAUGUGCGAGUUUGAAACGGAUAGCAUAUCAUCACCGGAGGUCACGCUACGGACAAAUCUACGAGACAGCGCGGAAUUCGAACCGAGAAACCCUUCGAAUCGCAUAUCGGACAUAUCUACAGGAAACGAGACAACACCUAAGUCGAAGUUUAAACUGAAUUCAGCCAUCAAUUGGACAAGAAACAGUAGCAGCGGUACUCUAACGCCUCGACAUAAGAAGCGAAGUAGGAAGAGCGAAGUGAGCCUACAGUCGAGCGGUAGUCAGUGGUACACCUCCACCAGCGCCAACGGUAACAUUCACAGCGCGAUCAACAAUGCCAUCAACAGCGCCUUCAACACUACACUCUGCAACAACGCGGCGAACAACAACUCCCUAAACAACAGUGCUGUCAACAACAAUAGUCUAAGCAGCAACAAUACCAGUAGCAACAACAUCAGCUCUCUGUGCGACACGUCAGCAUCGCCGCUAAGAGAGUUGAGACAGGAGCUCGUGUGGUCGCGGCCGCAGCGCGCGCGCGCCGGCCCGCCGCCGCCCGAGCGCGCCUCCAACCGGGACUCGCUGGGAACGACAGAUUCCAACCAAGACGACGAAGAACCCCCACCGUUGCCACAGAAGCAAUCGCACAGAAGUCUAGAAUUAGACGCGGAGAACAACAACCAAGAAAUGAACCUGCCUGCCAGACAUAACUACGACCUAGUCAUAUCGCCCAGGAACUCCUACCUAUACCAGUCUAGAAGAAGAAAUACAUGUGAUAAGUUACCGCCUAGUAAUGAGAAAGCGCCGACACCCCCUCCUAAGAAGAGAAAUCAGAAUGCUUAGGUAAAUAAAAUAGAUUGGUCACGUUGUUAGUAACCUUUAGUUCAACCGCUGUUUUUUUUUUUUGUUAUAUUAAAUUCGAUAUGUCAAAGGUAUUGAAAUAUAAGGCCUUAAGGAAAUAAUUCAAAAUAAUUCAGCAGUGGACAACGAUUGGCUGUUGAUUGAAGGAAAUAAUUAUUCGAUCACAAGAUAAAAUCGAGAUACCACUGAUCAAAAAAGAAGUGUAAUGUUUUCAGAUAUUGGCUACACAUUUGUGUACUUCUAAGAUCGUUUUCUGACAAGGCUGUCGUGUUUUUGUUUUGUUAAAAAAUUAAUAUUAUGAUAAUUAUUAUUAUAAUAUUAAUUAAUGAUUUCACAAAGAAUAUAUAUAGUUUUUAAAUUAAAAAAAAAAUUAUAUGCAAAGAAGAACAAUUAAAUAUUAUUGUUUAACGUAUUCAUAAGUAGCUGGCUUUAUGAGAAGUUGAUAGACUUGCAAAAUUGUUCAAAAUCAAGAAUUUCAAAUGAAAAAAAUCACUAGCUCAUCAUAUAAAAAAGUCAAGAUACAGACAAAACAUAAGUUCUACUUUAGUUAAUGGUUUCCAAUGCCAAUGAAACGUUUACAGCUUAAAUAUCUAAAUUUAGAUAUAAUAUCUUUAGCAGAUAAUAUGAAGGUUUUCUCAGCAUAUUUUCAUUACCGAACACAUUGGAAAUCAUAAAUUAAUACCUUAAAACAAGACAUACAGACCACCGAUAUAUAUAUAAUUAAUUAUUUUAAUAAAAAUUUAGUAAAAUUGAUUGUCAAUUUCCAAAAGUAUUUUUUAUAUGUGAUACGAAAAUUUACGAUGCCAUUUGUCCAAAGAAUGAUUUUAUCAAUUAUAUUAUAAUUAUAGAAAGUAAAAUGUCAAAAAUAUUAAUAUACUACGAACAUUUAUUUUUGAUUAUAUUUGUAUGAUUUUGUUUCAUUGACGUCACGAUUUGCUCACUCGUUUGUUUGUAUGUACACGUUUGUUUCACUAUAUCUUAGAAAAAUAUUUGUAUCAAGAGUUUUGAAGGGGAGUUAAAUAUUUUGCUUCAGUACAUAUGUUGUACAUUUUAAUUCGAUAUUAAUAUAAAUAGCUCUCAUAAUAUUCAGGCUGAGUGAAAAGAAUGGAAAAUGUUGUAAAAAUGUUUCCUUUUUAUUUAUUUUCCAUAAACUAGCGUUAUACAAACGUGGCUGCGCCUAAUAACUUUUUUUUUUAAUAAUAUGAUUAUGUAUAUAAAAAAUAAUAACUUCAAUAUUCCAUGGUUUUUCAACACCUAUAUAUUACUGUGUCCUUAUAAAACGUCCACGAAGCUGAAAUACUCUAUAAUAUAUAAAAUAAUAUUUACAGUAUUUAUCGUUUCAUAAAAAACAAAACUCAAAUAUGUUAAAAGAUGUAAACAUUGAUAUUAGAUAUAGUUUCAAAUUAGAAUACCGUGAAAUUUUAUAGAACACUUCUAAAAACAAGACUAUUAUGAAAAUCAGUGCCAUAUAUUAAAGUUACCAAAUUCAUUUGAUUCAUUCUAUAAUAAGCUAUUAGUAAAAAAGCAACAAAAAUACGUUUUACGAACAAGCUCUUGGUUUUCGAACAUUAAUAAUGAUUAUAUUAUAAUCAAGACGAAACAACAAGACGGUUGUGUGGAACAGGGCUUAAAUUAAAUUACAAUAUUUAAACCGAACAUACUCAAAGGUAAAAUUAUAUGCUUGUGUGAAAUGGGAUUUAUUAAAAUUGCUAUCUCUUAUACAAUCUUUAAUUAAAAUUUUAAAACGUUAUUAAUAUAAUUGACCGUCUUAUGUAAAAUUGUCUUCCAAUACACAAGGAACCGUAACCUAUUGAGUCAUUUAGUUAGACGCUAUUAUGUACUUUAUGGCAUAAAAAAUAAAGAUUAUUAUGCCUUGUAAUAUUUUGUUACCUAAGAUUAUAUUGUAUAUUCCAAUAUCGUAUUUAAGACAAUACAUAGUGCCUUAUACAUAUUAAAUACAAUUUUUUUAUACAUAUUUAAAUUUAGAAUUGAUAUUGUAAAUCGAUAUUUUUUAUCUGUGGCCGUGUCAUAGAUUAAAAAGUGACAUAUUUUUAGACUAUAAUGAACAUUGUAAUUUUUUUUUCUAAUAUUAAAAAUACUCUAAAAUCUAUAACAUUAUUGUCUCUACAUACAUAUGUGUUCAAAGAACUGACAAAUAAUUUUGCACGAAAGGGAUGGGUAAACUUCUUGUAAUGUAUGUUGAAGAGGGAUGCAUAUAUAUUUCUUAGUUCGCCCUUCAUAGAGUAAUAGUGUAGAGGUGAUAUGUUACUGCUUAAAUAGAAUAAUUUCAGUCAUUGUCGAUUUGUGAUGUAAUAUGACUAUUUCACACUUAUAAUAAGAUUUUAAAAUAUAAUCAAAAUAUUUUGCAAGAUUUUUUUAUUUAUUUGAUAUAAUUAAAAAAUCUUGCAAAGAAUCUUAAAGCUAUUUUAACUUUUUUCAAACUUAAUUUAUUCAAAUAGCUCUUAGGAAUCAUAUUUCUAUAUUGUUUUUUAACAAGUCAAUAAGAAGUAAAGUAAUUUUCUAUUCGAAAGGCAUUUAGUACAUUUUAUUAUUGAUUAAAAUUUAUACAGUACAAAAGAUUAAAGAGAUGACCACUUACCAUCCGUCGUCGUCGAUCUUUAUUCAAACAUUCAUUUUGGAUACUUGAUGAUACUUCUGAACUGGCAUGAUUAUAUGAUUAAUCCGUUAUUUUCAAAUAUUCAAUCAAUCCCCAUUAUCUGUUUGACGGGACUAUUUGCACCCAAUUCGUACCUUUUUUGGUAAAAGUCUAGCAAAUUUGGAGUUUUUUUUCAAGUACAAAUUUUAUCGCAACGUUUCUAUAUGUAAAGUUUUAAUAUUUCUGACGCAAAAAUGAUUCUCUUCUGUCACGUAUUUCGCUUUCUUUUAUAAUUUUAUUCUGAGUGUGAUAUAGCAGCUGUAUUAUAUAAUUUAAUAGCAUUUUAAUUUAAUUCUAGAAGUGUACUCAUGAUUAUAAACGAACAGACAAUGUAUAUAAAUUAUUAUAAUUGUUAUUUGUAAUAAAGAAG